AGGACCCACACAGUAGAGAAGCCAUACAAAUGUGUGGAAUGUGGAAAGAAGUUCACUUUUCAUUAUUCUCUUAUGAUACAUCAAAGGAGUCACACAGGAGAAAGACCUUAUAAAUGCAUGGAGUGUGGAAAGAGCUUUAGUUGCAGCAGACAUCUUCAUUACCACAAAAAGAUCCACUCAGGAGAGAAGCCACAUAAAUGUGUAGAAUGUGGAAAGGGCUUUAGGUGGAAUUGUGCUCUUGCUGCCCAUAAAAGGACCCACACAGGGGAAAGACCAUAUCAAUGCAUAGAGUGUGGAAAGACCUUUACUUGUGGCAGUAAUCUUUAUUACCACAAGAGGGUUCACACGAAAGAGAAACCAUAUCAAUGUGAGGAAUGUGGAAAGAUCUUUACUCAUAGCAGUAGUCUUCAUAGCCACAAGAGGAUCCACACAGGAGAGAAGCCGUAUCAGUGCAUGGAGUGUGGACAGAGUUUUACUUAUAGCAGUAGUCUUAAUCUCCACAAAAGGAUCCACACAGGAGAGAAAUCAUGUCAGUGCAUAGAGUGUGGAAAGACCUUUUAUAAUAAUGACUCUCUUACAAGACAUCCAAGGAGUCACAAAUUAGAAAAUCCUUAUAAAUGCAUGGAAUGUGGAAACAGCUUCACUUGUAGCAGUAAUCUUAAUACCCACAAGAGGAUCCACACAGGAGAGAAGCCAUAUCAAUGCAUGGAGUGUGGACAGAGCUUUAGUAGGAAAUACGCUCUUACCACACAUAAAAGGAUCCACCCAGGGAAAAAACCAUAUCAAUAAAGGGAAGUGUGAGAAGUGGUUUCACAGAAAUCCGUGUUGUCCUAUGUGUAUGACUGCGAUUGAGCCCAAAAUUUCUGUUGCUAAGUAAGA